AUGGGAAACUUAGGGAUUAAACAAAAUAAAGAAUAAUUGUAACUCAAAAAUGAUUUGUAUGAGUUCUUAGCAUCUUUAAUCGAUUUAGAUGAAUAUAUUUUCACUUUCAUGUUGGAAAUGCUAAAAAAAGAAAAGCUUAAAAAUUCUCUAGAAUUUCUUUCAGAAAAGAAUAAUCAUUAGAAAGUUGAAUAAUAUGUAUUGCAAGUAUAAAAUCAUGAACAAAAUGAAGAUAUGAGGUUGGAAUGUAGAGAAAACUAAAUAAAGAAAAUUGCAAAUUUUCUUCACAAAGCCAAAGACCAUGAUUUUAAUAAAUACAAUUACUCCAUCAAAGAAUAUGAAUGCAUAAAAUAAGAUUUGAUCACAAAAAUAUCUUGUGAUACAAAGAUCAUAACAUUAUUACAAUUUUUAGUUCAUCUUACAGCCUUAGAUGACAGUUACAUUUAGUCCGGAUCAAAUUCCCUUCAUUUGUUAGUUUAAAUGAAAGUUGAUUUGAAGGACCAAAAUUUUGAAUAUAUUAAAAUUAGAAAUACUUCAUUGUUUGGAGGAAAUUUUGUAAAAUGUGAUUUAAGUGGAUCUGAAUUUAAUAAUGUCAUUAUUAGUGGAAUGAAUUUGAAUGGAGCAAAAUUAUUGAAUUGCAAAUGGAAGAAUCUAAGAAUAAAUGAGUUAAAGAAGAUAAGUGGUCAUGGUGGAAUCUGUAACGUUUGCUUUUCUCCAGAUAGUAAGUCAUUAGCUUCUUGUUGUGAUGAUAAUUCGAUUAGGUUGUCUGAUGUGAAAACAGGAAAUAUAAAGUCAAUAUUCAAAGGAAAAAGUUAGGAAAAUUCAGUAUGCUUCUCACCUAAUGGAACUAUAAUAGCUUCUUUCAGGUGCAUGUAUGUCUGUAUACGGAAUUGUAGAACAGGAAAAUAUAUUUCGAAAUUAAUUGGUCAUGUUGGUCCUGUGUUUUCACUUUGUUUCUCUCUUGAUGGCACAAAAUUAGCAUCUGGUAGUGAAGAUAAGUCUAUCCGAAUAUGGGAUGUUAAAACAGGAUCACAAAAUGCAAAAUUUGAUUGUCCUUAUGUUAUCUCUCUAUGUUUCUCUCCUGAUGGUGCUACAUUAGCAUCUGGUGGUGGAGAUAAGUCCAUUCGUUUAUGGGAAGUUAAGACAGGUUAAUAGAUUUUCAAAUUGGAGAGUAAUUUUUUUAAUUCAGUCUGUUUUUCUCCUGAUGGUACAACAUUAGCAUUUGGUAGUUUGGAUAACUCUAUUCGUUUAUGGGAUGUGAACAAAAGAAAAUACAAAGCAAAAUUUGAUGGUCAUACUCAUUUAGUUCGAUCAGUUUGUUUCUCUCCAGAUGGUACUAAAUUAGCAUCUGGUAGUGAUUACCAUCCCAUCUGUUUAUGGGAUGUUGAGACAAGAUAAUUAAAAGGAUAAUUCUAUGGUCAUUAAUAUUAAGUUCGAUCAGUCUCUUUCUCUCCUGACGGUAAUUCUAUAGCAUCUGGUAGUAGUGAUAAAUCUAUACGUUUAUGGGAUUAUAAUUCGGAAUAAUACAAAGCCAAAAUCGAUGGUCAUACUCAUUAUGUUCUAACCGUCUGUAUCUCUCCUGAUUGUACUAUAUUAGCAUCUGGUAGUUCAGAUAAAUCUAUCCGCUUAUGGGAUGUUAAGACAGGAUAAUAAAAAGCCAAACUAGAUGGUCACACUGGUCAUGUUAUGUCAGUCAAUUUCUCUUCUGAUGGUAUUACAUUAGCAUCUGGUAGUAAUGAUAACUCAAUAUGUUUAUGGGAUGUUAAAACAAAAUAAUCAAAAGCCAAAUUAAAUGGUCAUACUAAUUAUGUUCGAGCAGUGUGUUUCUCGACUGAUAGUAAGACAUUAGCAUCCUGUAGCGAUGAUUGCUCCAUCCGCUUAUGGGAUGUUAAGACAGGGUAAUAAUAAACAAAAUUAGAAAGCCAUAGAAGCAUUGCUUAUUCUGUAUGUUUCUCUCCUGAUAAUACAAAAUUGGCUUUUGGUAGUUCUGAUAAUUCUGUUUAUUUAUGGGAUGUGAAGACAGGAUAAUAAAUUUUCAAAUUAGAUGGUCAUACUUAUUAUGUGCUAUCAGUCUGCUUCUCCUCUGAUGGUACUACAUUAGCAUCUGGAAGUGAUGAUCAGUCUAUCCGUUUAUGGGAUACUUAGACAGGAUAACAAAAGGCCAAAUUUGAUGGUCAUGGACAUUUUGUUCGUUCAGUUUGCUUCUCUCCUGAUGGUACUACAUUAGCAUCUGGUAGUUAUGAUGAGUCUAUCCGUCUAUGGGAUAUUAAGACAGGAUAUUAAAAAGUCAAAUUAAAGGGUCAUACUGAUUAUGUGAGUUAGGUUUGUUUUUCUCUUGAUGGUACUACAUUAGCAUCUUGUAGUUAUGACAGCUCCAUUCAUUUAUGGAACAUAUAAACUGAUGAUAGUUACAAGGAAACUAUUUCAAAUUUUAAGCCCUCUAUCUUUACUGAAAACAUGCUUCCUGUAUGUAGUAAUUAUAUUUCGUUAGUAUUUAGAUAACUCCUAUUUUACCAAACUGCGAAUUUCUUAAAAUCCUAUUUUAGAAGCCUAAGGAGCUUUAUUUUUUAAAGGAGAAUUUCUAAAUUAUUAAGGUGUAGAUUUACGAUAUUUAUUCAAAUCUAAAGGCAGUUUGAUGUUAGAAUGCAAAAAAGUAUAGAAAUAAUGUUGA